AUGGUAAUUGACUUUAUUCCAGACUUUACACCAGACUUUAUUCCAGACUUUACACCAGACUUUAUUCCAGACUUUACACCAGACUUUAUUCCAGACUUUAUUCCAGACUUUACACCAGACUUUAUUCCAGACUUUACACAAGACGUUACACCAUACUUAAACCCAGACUUUAAACCAGACUUUACCCCAGACUUUACACCAGACUUUAAACCAGACUUUACACCAGACUUUAAACCAGACUUUACACCAGACUUUACACCAGACUUUACACCAGACUUUACCCCAGACUUAACACCAGACUUUAUUCCAGACUUUACACCAGACUCUAUUCCAGACUUAACACCAGACUUUACACCAGACUUUACACCAGACUUUACCCCAGACUUUACCCCAGACUUUAUUCCAGACUUUACCCCAGACUUUACACCAGACUUUAUUCCAGACUUUACACCAGACUUUACACCAGACUCUAUUCCAGACUUUACACCAGAAUUUACACCAGACUUUACCCCAGACUUUACACCAGACUUUACCCCAGACUUUACCCCAGACUUUACACCAGACUUUAUUCCAGACUUUACCCCAGACUUUACACCAGAAUUUACACCAGACUUUACCCCAGACUUUACACCAGACGUUACACCAGACUUUACACCAAACUUUACACCACACUUUACAUCAGAUUUUACACCAGACUUUAGACCAGACUUUACACCAGACUUUACACCAAACUUUACACCACACUUUACAUCAGAUUUUACACCAGACUUUACACCAGACUUUACACCAGACUUUACACCAGACUUCACACCAGACUUUACACCAGACUUUACACCAGACUUAAACCCAGACUUAAACCCAGACUUAAACCCAGACUUUACAUCAGACUUUACACCAGACUUUACACCAGACUUUACACCAGACUUUAUACCAGACUUUACACCAAACUUUACACCAGACUUUACACCAAACUUUACACCAGACUUUUCACUGUACCCUAAUCUUAGUGUUACUUUUAGAAGGUAA